UUCUCGCCCGCGAUCAGCGUUGCGUCCCUGCUGCUGCUGCGGCUGCUGCGCCUCGUGCUGCUGUUGCUGCGCUCUGUUGGUUGCUCUACCUCUUGCUGCUUCCCGGGCGCAGACUCAUGAGCUUCGUUUGGCACUGUGGGUCUUGGUCUUCCCGGAAUUUCUCUGAGCUUGGGAGGAUUGGUGUUGGGUUCAGGGUGGAUUGCGGAAUCGGGACGCGGUAGCAGUAGAGCAGCCAUGGUGGCGUGCGCUGCAUCCCUGUAUGCAGGAGCCAGCACGGCAUUGGGGGUGAUCUCCGCAGGGAGUGUGGCCCCCCGCCUCACCAGCAGCAGCAGCAGCGCACCCCCCCCUGGUGGUGCUUCUCUCUGUAGCUGCUCGUCUUCCUCGGAGGUGUCGUGGAUUGGGCUGCGGCAGAAUGGUGUUGUUCGGUGGGAGGGCGUGGGUUUUGGAGCCGUGGCCAGGAGGUUUAGGGUGCAUGGCGUGGGGCAGAGAAUGGGAGGGAAUGUGAGGACAGGGGCGCGCGGUGGAGUUGCGCGCGCUGAACUUGCUGAUGGAGAGAGGGUGUCUGCUACCGCAGACCCUGUAGGAGGCGUGGAGAACUUGGUCAUUAUUGGCUCAGGACCAGCAGGUUAUACGGCGGCAAUUUACGCUGCUAGAGCUAAUCUUAAACCAGUAGUGUUUGAAGGGUUCCAAGUUGGAGGAGUACGUGGUGGUCAGCUCAUGACGACCACCGAAGUAGAAAAUUUUCCUGGUUUCCCCGAAGGGGUUACUGGACCCGAAUUGAUGGACAGGAUGAGGAAGCAAGCUGAACGAUGGGGUGCUGAAUUGAGAACGGAGGACGUGGAGUAUGUGGAUGUCCGAAAUCGACCUUUCACAGUCCGAAGUAGUGAUAGUGAGGUAAAGUGUCACAGCAUAAUUAUUGCGACGGGUGCUACAGCUAAGCGACUUGGAUUACCCCGGGAGCAUGAGUUUUGGAGCAGAGGCAUCAGUGCGUGUGCUAUCUGUGAUGGUGCAUCUCCCAUUUUUAAAGGUCAAGAGCUAGCAGUGGUUGGUGGAGGUGACACUGCAACGGAGGAAUCUCUUUAUUUGACGAAGUAUGCUGCUCACGUUCAUCUGUUGGUUCGAAGGGAUAAACUCCGUGCCUCGAAAGCCAUGCAAGACAGAGUUCUUAACAAUCCAAAUAUUACAGUCCACUUCAACACAGAGACAGUGGAUGUCGAGGCUGACGACAAGGGACAAAUGGGAGGUCUGAGGCUUCGAAAUGUAGUGUCUGGCGAAGAGAGAUCAUUGCAAGUGCGGGGAUUGUUCUAUGGGAUUGGACACAGCCCUAAUAGUCAGCUCUUGGAAGGCCAAGUCGAGCUCGAUGAUGCUAGUUAUGUGGUUGUUGAGCCUGGAACGACCAAUACAUCGGUCGAAGGAGUUUAUGCCGCUGGAGAUCUUCAGGAUCAUGAGUGGAGGCAAGCUGUCACAGCUGCCGGAUCAGGCUGUAUGGCAGCAUUAUCUGUUGAGCGUUAUCUCACUGCUAACGACCUGCUUGUAGAGUUUCACCAACGUACUCAAGAGGAAGUCAAGAAAAAAGAACUCACAAAAGAGGAUAUCGAGGAGAAAUUCGACAUCACAAAUACCAAACACAAAGGCCAGUAUGCGCUUCGGAAGCUUUACCACGAGAGUCCUCGCGUCAUUGGUGUACUUUACACUUCACCGACUUGCGGUCCAUGCAGAUCUCUCAAGCCAAUUUUGAAUAAGGUAAUUGACGAAUACUCAAAUGACGUUCAUUUCGUGGAGAUAGACAUUGAGGAGGAUCCUGAGAUCGCUGAAGCUGGAGGUGUCAUGGGUACACCCACCGUUCAGUUUUUCAAGAACAAGCAAAUGAUAAAAAGUAUAUCAGGUGUCAAAAUGAAAAAGGAGUACCGAGAGAUAAUUGAGGCCAACAAGUGAUCACUUCGAGGACCUUAUGUUUCCAGUACAUCAAGUCAUCAGGUCUUAGGAGUGGGUUUUAGUACAUGGCGCAGAAGAAGCUGGUGUUGUAGUUUUAGGAAACGAAUUAGUUACAUUGUAUCAAGAUUGUAAGAUGGCUCGGAUGUACCAACGCUGGGAUUGGUUUUUCUGGAAUUGGUGGUAAUUUUCCGUCACUAGUCGAGGAAAUUGAAUCCUGUUCUUGAAGGUCUGAAUCCUACGUAUCAGCUUUUCGUGUGAGCAAAAUGAGUACUUGUAGAAGGUGAUCUCAGGAGUGUGUAAAGUUGGGAGAUGAUCUUAAUAGCCGUGUGCAGGAAGUCAUUGUUUUUUUUUUAAAAAUUAUAUAGCCCAUCAUUGUGCUCAAAGCUUGCAUUCAUUGUUUCCUAAGAGCAAUAUUAUAGCAGCAAGACAGUCUGCGUUUUUGUAGUGUA